AUGCAUCUCAUUCUUACGGGAGCCACCGGCCUCGUCGGGUCAAGCGUCCUCGACGCGAUGCUCAAAUCCAAAGACGUGACCAAGAUCUCCAUCCUCAGCCGAAGACCGGUGCCCAUGGUAGGAAACAACCCGAAAGCCAACGUGAUCAUCCACAAAGACUUCGAAACCUUCGACCCGAGCGUCCUUGCCAAGGUAGACGAUGCCGACGGCGUGGUCUGGGCGCUGGGCAUCAGCCAGACAAAAGUCACAAAAGAGGAAUACGUAAAAAUCACAAAAGACUACCCUCUCGCGGCCGCAGCGGCCUUUUCCAAAAUACCGUCCGCCGACGACAAGCCGUUCCGCUUCGUGUACGUCUCAAGUGGCGGCGCGACUGCGACUCCGGGGCUCUUCACCCCGUACUACGGCGUGGUGAAGGGGGAGGCAGAGGUGGCGUUGGCCAAGCUGCGCACCUCGAAGUUCAACGUUGAGUCUGUGCGGCCUGUAGGUGUUGAUCCUUCCAACCAUGAAGCUAUCAAACCGCACAUCCCAGAUCCUGGAUUUACGUACCAUGCGAUGAGUGCCGUCCUGAUGCCUAUGAUGAGGUCGGCGCUACUGAGGCGGCAACAUACCCCGACAGAACACUUCGGGCCGUUCCUGGUGGAUUUGGCGUGUGGGAAACAUGAUAAGCAGCUAGAUGCCGGUGGUGAUGGGAUUACACAGGUUAAUGGGUCGAGGAUUUUGGAUAAUUGGGCGUUUCGAAGGUUACACGGACUCUCUUAG